AGUUUUCUCUCUAGUUAUGUUUUGCUUUUCGAUGCAUUUAAUUGAAAGAAAAGAAAUAGCAGCUGUCUAAAUAUUUUAGAUCAAGCUUCCGCGGUGUACUUUUUAUUCGCACUUCCUUAAAGUAAUCUACUUAAAUUUCUGAAUUUGAAAGCAAGUAUGGAAGAGCCUAGGACAAAUCAGCAGUUACCUCCCAAUGUAAACAUCCAAGAUUAUAUUAAUGUUGACGUACCACAGGAGCCAGCGCAACAGAAUGGUACUCAAAACAAUUCCCGAAAUGAACCCUUUUCUUCCGAUCAAGAAGAAGUGGAUGAGAGAAUAGACUUAGCUCUGUUUAAAGGAGCAACCAACAUUAUUCGACUUUUUGUUCCUGUUACAUUGUGUAUGAUUAUAGUUGUAGCAACAGUAACAUCGGCAACAAAUUACACACAAUCCUCUGGUACAUUCUUUUAUACCCCUUUGUCUGAAAAGUCUAGUACUGGCGCUGCAAGGUUUGGGAUUUCUUUGGCAAAUACUUUGAUUUUUCUAUCCGUCGUCAUUGUUAUGACUGUCGUGCUGAUACUCCUUUACAAGUUCAGCUGCUACAAAAUAAUUCAUGGAUGGUUGAUUGUUUCUAGUUUACUCCUUUUAUUUUUGUUUGCAUUAAUAUAUUGGGGACAAGUUUUAGAACGAUACAACGUACCUAUGGAUUAUUUAACAACCGCCUUAGUUAUAUGGAAUUUCGGUGUGCCUGGAAUGGCUUGUAUUCAUUGGAAAGGGCCUCUAAGACUGCAGCAAUUAUACCACAUUAUAAUUUCCUCUUUAAUGGCCUUAGUCUUCAUAAAAUAUUUACCUGAUUGGACAACAUGGGUUUUAUUGGCAUUAAUUUCAGUUUGGGAUUUAGUUGCUGUUCUAUGUCCAUUUGGACCACUUAAGAUAUUAGUUGAAACUGCUCACGAGAGAAAUGAACAGAUUAUGCCCGGUUUAAUUUAUUCAUCAACAAUGGCUUGGAUUGUAAAUGCUGCAGAUGACGUACCUGCUGCACAAGGUGGUAAUACAGAAACACACCGACUUGAGGGCCGAACUAACCCUAAUUUUGGAGUGGAUUCGAACCAAACGGCUGAUGUUCCAGCUCAAAAUAAUCAGGGGGAUAAUGCAAAUAAUAACAGCCAAUUAGCAAUGAGAUCGUUAUCGAGUGAAUCGGUAGAAGAGGAAAGAGGUGUUAAGUUGGGUUUGGGUGAUUUUAUAUUUUACAGUCUACUGGUUGGUAAGGCUUCUUCAUACGGUGACUGGAAUACUACCUUAGCGUGUUUUAUAGCUAUCUUAAUUGGACUCAGUCUGACUCUCUUCCUCUUAGCUAUAUUCAAAAGAGCCCUGCCAGCUUUACCAAUAUCGAUAUUUUUUGGUCUUAUAUUCUAUUUUGCAACAAGUCAAAUUGUUAAACCAUUUAUGACAAGGACAGCAGCUCAUCAAGUAUUUAUAUGAUGAAAAAUAUUCCAACGUAAUUGUUCACAUUUACUAAACUCUUUAUCAUAUCGUUGACAUUCGGAGAAUAUUUAUAUUUCUUUUUGUAGCUAUCAUCUUAUAAUAAAAUUUACUUUAUAAAGUUAAUUUCAUACAAGACAUAAAA